AUGGAUGUUGAAUUUCCACCUAGAGAGAAGGCUCUGGUGAAUAAGUUGAAAUCAUCGAAUUCACCCUCUUACAGUGAAGAGUUAUAUAACUUAGCGUUCGGCCUGAUUCGCACUGAAUUAUUCUCGGGUUGCCAUGUUAAUGGUGUAAAGUUUUUGGGGACUGCACGAGAUGACAAGUUGUGUACGAAAAACAGCGGUGUCCAUGUCCCAGGUGGUGGCGAAAGUACUGACAUUGAUUUCUAUGGCAAACUCACAACUGUCGUGCAAUUGCUUUACAAAGACCGAUACCAAGUGAUCAUGUUUAAGUGUCGAUGGUUUGAUACAAACCCAAAUAGGCAGGGAAGUGUUAAAAUAGACCAUGGCUUACUAUCAGUGAACAUUAACAGAACUUGGUAUGAUGACGACCCUUACAUUUUGGCAAACAUGGCAAGACAGAUUGUGUAUCUAGAUGACCCUAAAGCCGGAAGCGGUUGGAAGGUUGCGUCACUGACCAACGAUUGGAAUCUUCCAUGGAAACUGAUGCAGAAACACUUCGAGAUACAGAUGUUAUACAAGAACCGUUUCAGCUUCAAGGAGUGUCUUCAAUCGAAAUACCGAUUCAGUCAAUUACAAUUGACCUCAGUGAUCUUCCGUGCUACGAAGUUCCAGUGGGCCCGAACAACGAAAGUGAUGAGGAGGAGGAUUGGGAGACCGAAACUGAUGAUAGCGAGGAUAACAAAAGUUACUAUAGUUCAGAUGAUGAAUAAUGCAAUUCAUUAG